CAAACCCAACAUCUUCACUCUCCUAGAAACCCACCCAGAACCUCCACCCUCUGACACCAUGGUCAGCUCCUGUUGUGGCUCCGUCUGCUCUGACCAGGGCUGUGGCCAGGAGACCUGCUGCCAACCCAGCUGCUGCCAGACCACCUGCUGCAGGACCACCUGCUGCCGCCCCAGCUGUUGUGUGUCCAGCUGCUGCAGGCCCCAGUGCUGCCAGCCUGUGUGCUGCCAGCCCACCUGCUGCCGCCCCAGCUGCUGCCAGACCACCUGCUGCAGGACCACCUGCUGCCGCCCCAGCUGUUGCAUCUCCAGCUGCUGCAGGCCCCAGUGCUGCCAAUCUGUGUGCUGCCAGCCCACCUGCUGCCACCCCAGCUGCUGCCAGACCACCUGCUGCAAGACCACCUGCUGCCGCCCCAGCUGCUGUGUGUCCAGCUGCUGCAGGCCCCAGUGCUGCCAAUCUGUGUGCUGCCAGCCCACCUGCUGCCGCCCCAGCUGCUCUGUGUCCAGCUGCUACCAGCCCCAGUGCUGCCAGCCCACCUGCUGCCGCCCCUGCUGCCGCCCCUGCUGCUGCCUGCGUCCAGUCUGUGGCCGAGUCUCCUGCCACACCACUUGCUAUCGGCCAACCUGUGUCAUCUCCACCUGCCCCCGCCCCCUGUGCUGCACCUCCUCUUGCUGCUGAGCCAGCUGC